AUGAGGAAAAACAAGAGCUUAACAGGAUUAAGUUCUACUAUAAUUCAUAGAGACAUAGCAAGUAAGAAUGUUCUAUUGGAUGAUGAAUAUGAAGCUCACAUUUCUGACUUUGGUUCCGCUAUAAGUUUAGAUCCAAACACAUCAAAUUGGACUCCAUUUGCAGGAACCUUUGGAUACUCUGCCCCAGAGCUUGCUUACACAAUGGAAGUAAAUGACAAGUGCGAUGUGUACAGCUUUGGGGUUGUAGUAUUGGAGCUGAUCAUGGGAAAACAUCCAGGAGAUCUUAUCUUGUCUCUGUCAGCAUCAACAUCGUCAUCAUCAACACCAGCUGUUCAUCAAAUUCUGCUAAAGGAUUUAUUGGAUCAACGUCUCUCACCUCCAAAAAGGCAAGCAGGAGAGAAAGUUGUCUCCAUUGUGAACAUAGCAUUUGCAUAUCUGCAACCAAGUCCACGGUCUCGGCCAACUAUGAAGCAAGUCGCUGAUAAGCUAUCAAGUUCUUUACCAUCGUUAUCAGAGCCUCUUCAUGCUAGUACAUUGAGGCAGCUGCUUGAUCCCCCAACUUGGAUAUACUGAAAGGAAAGCAUCCAACCAAGGGAUCUAAUCUCGUCUCUAUCAACAUCAUCAUUAUCAUCACCACCAGUUGUUUAUUGAAUCACCGCCUCUCACCUUCAAAUUAUCAAGUAUAAGAAAAAGUUGUCUCCAUUGCAACUCCAGCAUUUGGUUUUAUGCAUUCAAGUCCAUGGUGUCUGCCAACUUUGGUACCAUCCAAAUUAAAGCCGCUCUGUACCAUUGCACCGUUGCAAUGUUUGAAAUUAGUUGCAGCUUUUCCUUUUCUUCAUAUUAUCUAUGUGUUUGUGACAUCUUUUUCUCUGUUGUGACAUGUCUCAUUGAGUCAGCAAAUUUGGUUUUUAAUAGCUUAAUGGAGAAACUACAUCACAUAUUGUCUUGUUUUUAUUUCACUUUUACACGUUUUAAACCCGGAUUCUUAAAUUAAUUAUAAAGAUCUUUAAUAGAAAAACUGUUA